UGUCUUGUCUAUGGUUGUGUUUGAGGGGUUUUUUUUUCCUAAUGAUCGCUUUCCAAAUUCAACAGCAGCAAAAAAAUAAACUUGUGGGAUCCAAGCGCUGCGGCGGAACCUUCGCCUUUCACGUCCAUUGGCUUCUACAGCAUGGACUCACAAAAAGAGGCCUUACAGAGGAUAGUCACCACAUUAGCUAACAAAAAUGAAGAACUCCACAGUUUCAUCGAAACACUUCGUCACUUGUUGAAAGGUCUUCAGGUUAACUCCUCUAAAGUUCUCGCAGACCUCGAUGAAGAAUUUGAUUCCAUCUACUCCGUACUGGACGAAAUGAAGGAAAGCAUGACCAACACCAUAAAACAGGAGCAGGCGAGGAAAACUCAGGAGCUUCAGAACCAGCUGACGCAGAGCGCCAAUGCCUUGGAGAGCUCCGAGGAGCUCAUAGAGUUUGCCAACGCCGCGUUGGACAUCAAGGAUGCAGACGAAUUCACAAAGGCUGCCAAACAGAUCAAGGAUAGGGUGACGAUGGCUCCAGCAUUUCGCUUGUCAGUGAAGCCCAAGGCCAGCGACAACAUGACUCACCUGAUGGUCGACUUUUCUCAGGAGAGGCAAAUGCUGCAGUCCCUGAAGUUUCUGCCAGUUCCCAGAGCUCCGGAAAUUGAUGUUUCGGACUGCUUGGUGGCUGACAAUUCUGUCACGGUGGUCUGGAGGAUGCCCGAGGAGGACAGUAAGAUAGAUCACUAUAUAUUAGAGUACAGGAAAACCAACCAUGAAGGAGUGCCCAGGGUGAAAGACGAGCGCUGCUGGGAGGUUGAAGACAACAUCAGAUCUACAGAGUUUUCAUUAACAGGGUUAAAGUUUGACUCAAAGUACAUGAACUUCAGAGUGAGGGCUUGCAACAAGGCGGCGGCCGGGGAUUAUUCUGAUCCGGUGACUCUCGAAACUAGAGCGUUUAACUUUUCACUCGACUCAACAUCGUCACAUCUGAAUCUUAAAGUUGAAGAUUGUUGUGUGGAAUGGGAUCCUGCAGGUGGGAAAGGUCAAGAAAGUAAAGUAAAAGGAAAAGAGAACAAGGGAAGUGGCCACGUUACCAUUCUGAAGAACACCUCAAGAAGUGGGACCCCCUCUCCAAAGAGAACAUCCGUCACCAGCAGGCCACCAGCAGUGAGAGGAAGCAGGGAUCGCUUUACCGGAGAGUCCUACACAGUGUUAGGUGACACUGUCGUCGAAAGUGGCCAGCAUUACUGGGAAACAAAGGCACAGAAAGACUGCAAGUCCUAUAGUGUUGGGGUGGCAUACAGGAACCUGGGGAAGUUCGAUCAGCUUGGCAAGACCAACACCAGCUGGUGUAUCCACGUUAACAACUGGCUGCAGGCCUCUUUCGCGGCCAAACACAACAACAAGGCCAAAACGCUGGAGGUGGCCGUACCAGACAGGAUAGGUGUCUACAUUGACUUUGAAGGAGGUCAGCUUUCAUUUUACAAUGCAGAGAACAAACAGUUGCUGCACACGUUCAAAACGAAGUUCAUGCAACCAGUUGUGCCGGCUUUUAUGGUAUGGUGCGGAGGUCUAGCUCUGUCUACUGGAAUCCAAGUCCCCAACGCCGUAAGAAGCUUCCAGAAAUCGGAAAAUGGAUUAGGUGGCUCGGCAAGCAGCCUCAACAAUGGAGCUCAAUGAUUGCAGAUGGCAGACAAUGCUUCCUUGACUUCCAGAGACACGUUCACUCGCUCCGCUGCUAGAACGUGAUACUCCACCACUUGGCUACGUAUAAAAGUGUUACGGAUGCUGCUGCGAAGGCCUGGUUGCCUUUAGUGUUUGUAAUAUAAAUCGAAAACAUUA